AUGCAAUAGUGGCACGUGUAGCGCACCGGAAUUAAUUAUGCUAAUAAGCGAGUCGAUUCGCGCGAUUCGCAAAGUCGGUGUCGCAAGCCGGCCGAUUAUCAGCGAGACGCUGACGUACGGCCACGGUGCACUGGCGCGACAUUGCAACGUCGAAAAAGUGAAAAGGCACAAGGAGGCGAAACAAUUAGCAAAUAGCUGUUCCAGCCGUCCGGCGACGACAACGACGACAACGACGACGACGACGACGACGGCGACGAACGCUCUUGAGCCUCUCGCGCCGCGAGAAUGCACCGCGAGUGAACGGACAACGCCGUUCUGCAACACUGUGCGCGACGACGGUCCACUCGGUGCAAUUUUGCCAGGCCGAGUAAAGAGGCGAAAGACUAGACAUUCCUCCCUAAGAGAAGUUGCGAAGAUGAAUCUGGACGAGAGAUCUUCCAUUUUAUAGCCAUCCACCGAGCGGUCUACAUUCUCGUGACGGAAAAUAUUUUGAACGCCGCUAAUCCUUUUUUAUUAUUAAUAACGAAUGGCAUCCUUCACCUUCGAUAUUAAAGAAGACAACAGGACAUUCCAAAUUCGAAGACGUUAAAAAUAUGCAACAGUUCAAGGACAUUGAUGGGGACCGCUUGUUAUCGAAUAAAUUCAUUUACAAGUAUAAUGUCUCCGUGACGAAACACACACACACUCUGUUUUUAUAAAGUGGAAACAUUUAUAUACCGUCGAGUAUUUUUUUCUUAAUUAUUUCCAUUACUCUCGAGAAUGUUAUUCGAUGAUGUAAUACGAGCGAAAUGCA